AGACGAAUCUGACCAGGAGAGAGAAAGAAAAGCAAGAUGAAUGAUAUGAAACUUGCUGUUUUGGGCAGGGAAGGAACAGGCAAAUCUGCCCUUAUAGUAAGAUUUCUUACUAAGAGAUAUAUUGGAGAAUAUGCUUCUAAUUUUGAGUCUAUCUAUAAUAAACAUUUGUGUUUGGAAGGAAGGCAACUGAAUUUAGAAAUAUAUGACCCUUGUUCCCAACCACAGAAAGCAAAAUUUUCCCUCACAAGUGAACUGCACUGGGCAGAUGGGUUUAUUAUUGUGUAUGAUAUCAGUGACAGGUCUUCAUUUGCUUUUGCAAAAGCACUAAUCUACAGAAUUCGAGAGCCACAAACUAGUCACUGUAAAAGAGCUGUGGAAUCAGCAGUUCUUUUGGUUGGUAACAAGCAAGAUCUCUGUCAUGUGCGAGAAGUUGGCUGGGAAGAAGGGCACCAACUGGCACAGGAUAACCGGUGCCAGUUCUGCGAACUGUCCGCAGCUGAGCAGUGUCUGGAAGUGGAAAUGAUGUUCCUCAGAAUCGUCAAGGAUACCCUGACAACCUUCAAACUCAAAGAAAAAAGGAGACCCAGCGGCUCAAAAUCCAUGGCCAAACUGAUCAAUAAUGUAUUUGGAAAGAGAAGGAAGUCAGUUUAGUAGAUGUGCUUCCAGUGAUUUAUAUUUUUUCAGUUUCAAACAUUCACUCAUUAAAUAAAUUUACCCAAAUCACAAAUCACGAAUCACGAAAUCCUGUUGAUCGUCGAUUUCUUGAGUGGGCUCAGUAACCUCUCCAUUCAUCCUAUCCCUGAGAUUCCAGAAGCCUCUCUUUACUCGUCCUUCCCAAUGAUGCCGCAUUGGAGGCUCCCUCAGGGUCAGGGGAAUGAGAUCCAGCUUGUUACUGGCUUUGGCAUAUGAUUACACCAUGGGGACCUUGCAAGGCCACGUGGGCAGGAAACUCUCGGUAGCUUGUUAGUUUCUCCCAGAGGGGGAAGUAGGUUAUAAGAUAUUGCUUCGGGGAGCUUGCUUUUAAGUCUCUGGAUGCUGGCUGUGGAUGGGAUUUCACACACCUGGGUUCCUCUGCCGGUACCAUCAUGCGUGAGGCUUGUCUGAAAUUUACCCAUUGUAUGUAAUUAGAAAGAGAACCACUG